AUGGAUGGGAUCAGUACUUCGACUCGUUGUUCGUCAAAGUUUAAACGAAGGAGAGUCGAUGCGAUUCGCGAAUUUCCCAGAGGGUGUGGAAGAUUUCCAGUUGUGAUGGACUCAAGUGAUGGUGAAGAUGAUAUUGUUGAUCAUGUACAGCCUCCACAAAAUCCUGUUAGAAAGUACCCUCCUCCGAGGAUAUUGAAAGGAUCUUCAGUCAAGCGAGAUUUUCCUAGUGGUUUUGAGAGACAGGAUUUGCAUUCAGCUUCCAAAAACCGUUUACCAAAUGCUGUUUCUGCUGCCAAGCCUGUGCAGAAAGCCGCCGCGGAAACUGUCGUAAGGAAAUCCCCUCCUCCAGGGAUAUUGAUAGACCUUUCGGCCAGACAGGUUUGUCCUGCUGCGGAACAGAAUCCGCUUUCUGUUUCUCAAGACAUUUCAGCCAAAGAUUGCAGGAAACAAAACAGUUUUGUUUCCCAAGAAAAUGUCUCAACAAAUAGUUCUGGAAAUCGGAAUUUAGAUUCUGUUUCCAAGGACAUUUUUCCACAAGACGGGAAGUCUAUUGUAGACUGCCCUAAACCCUCAAAUGCUACUAGAGUAGCAAAUUUUCGGCCGAUGAGGUUCGGUGUUACUUUCGGCAACAAGGAAACCUAUCGGCAUCAAGAAUCAAGUGCUACUUGUGAUAAAGUGGAGGAGGUCUUGAGAUUGUUUCGUCGAACACUGGCCAGGCUUUUGAAAGAAAAUGUAGCUAAGCCGAGUUUGGAGAAAGACUAUAAUGUCCAUAGACAGGCAGCUUUACUUCUUAAAGACCACCAAAAAUGGAUUAAUACAACCAAACGGGUGGGUUCGGUUCUUGGAGUUAACAUUGGUGACAAAUUUCGAUUUCAGUCUGAACUAAAUGUAAUCGGCCUUCAUUGUCAGUUUUUUAAUGGUAUAGAUUAUAUGAAGAAGAAUGGGAUCUCAUUGACCACUAGCAUUGUCGUUUCUGAGCGUUAUGCGAAUAAUAUGGAAUCGUCAGAUGUCCUCAUUUAUUCCGGUCAUGGUGGGAAUCCAGCAGUUCGAGGCAAGAAAGAAGUUAAAGAUCAGAAACUAGAACGAGGAAAUCUUGCAUUGAAGCACAGUAUGGAUCGUAAAACCCCUGUACGAGUCAUUUAUAAGGUAAAGCUUAGGAGUUCCCAAGCAGCUUCCUUGAAAGGUACUGGAAGCUGCAAAAAAUUGAACUCUAUAUACGUUUAUGAUGGCCUAUACACGGUAGAAGAAUUUUGGGAAGAAAGAGGAGAAUUUGGGAAACUUGUCUUCAAAUUCAAGUUGAAGAGAAACUUGGAUCAACCUAAGUUACCUCAAAGAUUGCCAAGUAAUUAG